CUCGCGAUACAUAGAGAGGACCCGAGCAAUAGAUACAUCAAAGUUGGUUGUGUGGAUAAUGUCAUGACACUGGCAGUCAUGGCAAGCUUGGACUGGAAAGAGAUUAUUGUUUGGUUGUGUGCAUGCAAAAUGGUUGAAGAGGCGGCUGGUUUGUAAUGCUGGUGAUAACAAAAUGAAGAGGUUCAGGAAAGCAAAUAAAGAUAUAGAGUGCUAAAUUAUCAGCAUGAGCGUGGAGAGAAUUCAGGAGAGUGUGGUUGGGAGAGAAGCUGCCAUGUCAACCGUCGAGUCAUCAGGAUCAGCUUUAUCCCGGCAAAGGCCAGAAACCGUUACGAGUGGUCCACGAGGGUGGCUGCUGUGCGGCCUAUCUUCUCCCUGUCCAAUCUCUGCUUCUCCCUCCUCUCCCACCCAGAAUCAGAAGCAUCGCGAGUCGUCGCCGGGACACCGACGACUGGGCGAGUGCUGCCGCCGGCCUUUCUCCAGGUCUUUGCCGGACGCCCUCCUGACCUUCAUGAGCUGUUCCGCGGUCGCCUCCGAUGGCAUUGCGCUGCACUUCCCUACCCCGUCGAGGGCAGGACCCUCCGCGGAGGAGGAGGUGUCUGCGCGUGCGGGGUGCUCGCUCUCGGUUCCCACAGGAGUACUAGGAGAGCGAGGCGCAGGCAGUCAGGCACCGAGACACGCGCCAGGGCAGAACCAAGUAUGCUAUGCAGAUUGUAUUACAUGCAUUACCUAAUAAAGACAGGCGUGUCCAGAAGGUGUCACUUGCAGCUGAGCUACUCGAUUCGAAAAAGGCAAGAUACUGUCUUGAAGUAGAGAUUGGCAAAUCUCCUCCGCUUUCUGAUGACGACGUCUGGUAUGAGCUGCGGGAAAAAAAAUGCUGAAUACAAUAGCUUUCUUGUCAAGUCAUUACUUUUUGUAAAAUCACCAUCCAUCAGAAUCAUUACUUUUAUAGCACCUACUUUGGACCAAAGAUGUGUCAUCCAGUUAGCGUAACUAGCAGACAGCUUUCUGUAAUAAUGUAUAGGCAAUGUAAAUUUGUCUGAUUGAUUAUCAUGGCCUUUUGUUUCUCCAAAUGAAUGUAUAGGGUUAUGUUGUUAUCAUACAUCUUACUUUUACUCCCUCCUCACAUUCAGGUUGCGAUGCUGAAGUUCACAGGAUUUAAGUUGCUAAACAACAUUUCAGACAGUGGGAAGGCCUUCCUAAUGAUUCUAGUAUCAGACAUCCUUCUAGGGUUACUGUUCCAGGAUGUCCAGAGCUUCAUGUAUUUUAGAACUGAAACGUGUCGACAUCAGAAGAGGGAGGCAUAAUGAGUUGCAGGGUUCAGUAUGCAGUAAAAGGAAUCGCCAUGCCCACAUCUACCUGGGCCUUUUAGCCGGGCCGAAUCCCGGCAAAGGCCCACUGUAGACCCAGAAGAAACCGCUAGAGUUGUCCAUGAGGUGUGAGGCCCAUGAGGGUUGCUGGUGUGGCGCGUCCGUGGAUUUCUCUCUAGCAGGCUAUGCCUGCCUGGAUCAUCCCGACUCUUCGUCUCCAGCUGGCAGCUGCUGCUUCUCCGGGUGCAUCUGCCCCUGCGUUCCAAGUACCGCUGGGGCCAGCUAUCUUGCUACUUGCUAGGCAGCAUAUGGUCCGCGUUUCAUGACCUUCAUGAGCUGUUCCGCGGCCGUCUCCAACAGGACCCUCUGCGGGGGCCACGGCGCUGUCUGCGCGCGCGGGGUGCUCGCUCUCGGUUCCCACAGUAGUAGGAGGAGGGCGAGGCGCAGACACGCGGUGGUCUUCGCUAAGAGGAGGCGGCGGCGUCUCAGCAAAUGGCAGCGGCCGUGGUGGAAGACCUUCUUUUCUGACUGGAACGAAGACGACGAGAGCCUGGCCGGGUGGAGGGAGGAGGACGAGCUCUUGGAGGAGAUUGGCGCCAACCAGGAGCUGUCGGACAAUGAAAAGUUCAAGGUGUGGAUGAGUAAGGCCGAGGCAAUCGUUGAAAUGCGCGAGGCCCAGCAGGAUGCGAUGAACGCCGAGGAGCGAUCGUGGGAGGAUUGGAUCAGUGGUGGCGGCACGUCAGGGACUGGAGGAGGUGGGGACUGGAAUCGGGAGGACAGCUUGUUGGACCAGAUAACUGAUGAUCCUGCAGAGAUUGUGAGGGACAAGAGCAUUAUUCAGAUUUUCAGAGAUUCCAUCAAUGAGGAUUACGAGGACAUGCUGUUCGAAGAUCGAGUGUUUAUGUAUGCCUCGACAAACUCGGCCAAAUUUCUAGCAUUGUUGAUUGUGGUUCCAUGGGUGAUAGAUUUUCUAGUGCAUGACUAUGUUAUGAUGCCCUUUUUAGAGAGGUAUGUCCAGAAGGUGCCACUUGCAGCUGAGCUACUCGAUGUAAGGCGCAGCCAAAAGCUGCAGAUGGUUAAAGACCUAAAUAUUGAAAAGGCAAGAUAUCGUCUUGAAGUAGAGAUUGGCAAAUCUCCUCCACUUUCUGAUGAGGAGGUCUGGCAUGAGUUGCGGGAAAAAGCGAUAGAGUUGAGGGAUGAUUGGAGGCUAGAAAAUCGAAAUGCUUUCGCAAAUAUAUGGUCCGAUACUGUUUAUGGAAUUGUGCUAUUUCUUCUUAUGUGCUUCAACCAGAGCAAAGUUGCAAUGCUGAAGUUCACGGGAUAUAAGGUGCUAAAUAACAUUUCAGACAGUGGGAAAGCCUUUCUUAUUAUUUUAGUAUCGGACAUCCUUCUAGGCUACCAUUCAGAGUCAGGUUGGCAUACAUUGGUAGAAGUUAUUCUCGAGCAUUAUGGGCUUGAAGCUGAUGAAGCGGCGGUCACAUUUUUUGUUUGUCUGGUUCCAGUGGCUUUCGAUGUGUACAUAAAAUAUUGGGUAUACAAAUACCUUCCAAGAUUAUCACCCAGUGUGGGAAACGUUUUGGAUGAAAUAAAGCGCCAUUAGAGAACUUUUUUUAGUUUCCUUAUUGGGAAAUUGCUUGAGAAUUUGUCGCCUUCCAGGUAUGUACUGGGCUCUGGAUUCCUACUCGCUUAAUUUUCGGAGUUUGAACAGUUAGUGGAGAAUCUAUUCACUAACUGUGUUACACUGUGCCUAAGGUUAGUCGUUCGAAUUGAAGAACUAACCUUAGACAUAAAAGUUAGGCAAAGUGUAACAAAUUAGGUAGCGAAUCAAACAGGCAGUCCUUGAACAAUAAGGAUGCAUAUUUCUGUACGUUAGGAAUUACCAGGUUCAUUCUUUUGGCAAGAAAAAAAUAACAAUGUUCAUUUGAAAGGUGCUGUGUGAAAUAUUUUUCUCAGAUGACAGUGUAAAAUGUUAUGAAACAUUUUUUUUUUGUGUAUUCAACUUUUUUUUUCUUGUAUUAUGCUUGAGAUGAUGAAUACAUAAAUUUUCCCCAUCACUCAAGAAUGAACAUAUAACUGCCCCAACGCCAAAAGCCAUAAAUUAUCCUGACUAGAUAAUUUGAUUUUUUUUGUGUGCUUAGGCUGGGAAACUAAUUACAAUUUGCAGGUAGUCAAUGGCUUGGCAUAUAAAGUUUUAAAAUCUGAACGAUGUCUUCGUCUGAAAGGCCUUGCCUAGAAUGUCUGUCUGGUGAUCAAUCAGAGUCUCAGGCUGUUCGAGAAGACUGGGAAUUUGGAGAAGUAACCUAGGUAGUCCUUAUUCUAAAAGAAAGGUUCCAUGACUCGGAAUCAACGUCAGGCAAAAAUCUCUUCUCUCUUAUUUACAUGGUGUUAUCUACUUGUAAAAUAAGAAAUCGAAUGAUUUUGCGCGAAAUGAGACAGCCGUGCUGACGGACGUCUGUUCUGACCAACAAGCAAUUGUUUUUCCUUUGCUUUUGAGAUCUGAACUGACGGUUAGCUUCACGUUUCAAAUUUGCUUCGCUAAAAAAAGAUAGACCCAGUGUUAGCGGCUUCCACAUAAAUGAGGUCUAGUGAAGGAAUAAUCGAGUCUUGCUCCUGUAUUUUUGCAGAGACUCAGAACAAGGAGGAUGCACUGUUGCUUUAUGGACAAAUUGCACUUCUCUAUUUUUUCCUUUGACUUUGCCAUUAUUGGACUUGUGACUUUUUUAUGGGGUUUCAUGCAUGCUAUGGUUAAUUCCCUCGCAA